UCCCUGCAUUGAAAAUGCACUAGCCAGUUUAUCAACGAAGGAAAAAGAAAAAAACUAUAGUCUUUAGCGAAAUAAAAACACAAUAGAAGAGAUAAUGGCAAGUGGCAGUGAUAAGGUGGAGACAGUGAUUGUUGGGAAUUACGUGGAGAUGGAAACCGAAGGGGAGCCAAAGGGCAUCAAAAGCAAGGUUUCUAAUCUCUUCUGGCAUGGCGGUUCUGUGUAUGAUGCUUGGUUUAGCUGUGCUUCUAAUCAGGUAGCUCAAGUGUUGCUUACAUUGCCAUACUCAUUUUCUCAACUGGGGAUGCUUUCUGGGAUUCUCUUUCAGUUGUUCUAUGGAUUGUUGGGUAGCUGGACAGCUUAUCUUAUUAGCAUACUCUAUGUAGAAUAUAGAACCAGAAGAGAAAGAGAGAAAGUUGAUUUCAGAAACCAUGUCAUUCAGUGGUUUGAGGUUCUUGAUGGGCUCCUUGGGAAACACUGGAGGAACGUGGGUUUGGCAUUUAACUGCACUUUUCUCCUGUUUGGAUCUGUCAUUCAGCUCAUAGCUUGUGCAAGCAACAUAUAUUACAUAAAUGACAAUCUGGACAAGAGGACAUGGACUUACAUCUUUGGUGCUUGUUGUGCAACCACUGUCUUCAUCCCUUCAUUUCACAAUUACAGAAUCUGGUCUUUUCUAGGCCUUAUAAUGACCACCUACUCUGCUUGGUAUCUCACCAUUGCCUCCCUCCUCCAUGGCCAGGUCGAGGGAGUUAAACAUUCUGGUCCUACCAAGCUGGUUUUGUAUUUCACAGGUGCCACCAACAUUCUCUAUACAUUUGGGGGACAUGCUGUCACUGUGGAGAUCAUGCAUGCUAUGUGGAAACCUCAAAAGUUCAAGGCUAUAUACCUGAUAGCAACAUUGUAUGUGCUGACACUGACACUUCCUUCAGCUGCUGCUGUUUAUUGGGCAUUUGGGGACAUGCUUCUCAAUCACUCAAAUGCCUUUUCUCUUCUCCCAAGAACUCCCUUCAGAGACAUGGCUGUCAUUUUAAUGCUCAUCCACCAGUUCAUAACAUUUGGAUUUGCAUGCACGCCACUAUAUUUUGUAUGGGAGAAAGCAAUUGGGAUGCAUGAGUGCAAGAGCCUAUGCAAAAGAGCGGCAGCAAGAUUGCCAGUAGUUGUCCCCAUUUGGUUCUUGGCUAUCAUCUUCCCUUUCUUCGGACCGAUAAAUUCCACCGUGGGAUCUCUCCUUGUCAGCUUCACUGUCUAUAUAAUUCCGGCACUUGCUCACAUCUUUACCUUCAGAUCAGCCAUCGCUCGAGAGAAUGCAGUGGAACAACCGCCCAAGUACUUUGGAAGAUGGGUAGGAACAUACACGAUAAACGUGUUCGUUGUGGUUUGGGUUUUGAUCGUCGGGUUUGGAUUCGGUGGAUGGGCGAGCAUGACGAAUUUCAUACACCAGAUUGACACAUUUGGGCUGUUCACAAAGUGUUACCAAUGUCCACCAACGGCAUUGGCCGCCUCACCGCCACCGCCCAACCACGGCCUUAACGCCACCGCGGCUGCUCCUCUACAACACCCUUUCAACCACACUCAUAGGCCCUGAACAUUGUCAUCGUGUCAUUUGAGCACACUGGUCAUCCUUGUUACUUUAAGAUUGUCGACAGAGAGCUUAAAUGGAAGUUCACAAACCAGAUUAUACACGCAAUGGACAUCCACUUUGAGUCUUUCUCUGUCUUUUUUUUCCUAUUUAACUUAGGGAGUUUGUAAUGCAAUUCCUAAAAAAGAAACAAAGUUCGUAUAAAAAUGGAGGAUGCUCUCUGCUUU